GGGGACGCCGGAGGCCGGGGACAGCCCGAGACUCCGGCGGGCGCCGAGUGCCUCGAGCGAGGGGCCGCAGGGCGUCUCCUCCCGCCUCGCCGCGCGGUCCCUCUGACCUAGUUAGCGCUCGGGCGGGGCCGGGCCCUUCCGCCGAGAGGAAGCACCCCGCCCCGGGCCGCAGGGGUCUGGGGGCCCGCAGGCGACGAUCGGCGACCCACCGCACAGAAAGCACCGGUGGGGCGGCCGAUUCCCGCCCUGGUGGAGGGAAGUGUGUAAGGCAGGGCCCCGUCUCGCCCCCCCCAAGCUUGGCCCUGCACAGGGGGAAGGAAGAUAGUCCCACCGCCACCCAUGGGCACCCCUUCUGCCCAGGAGCCUGAGAAGCGGGCCGCUCCCAGGGCAAAUGCUGGGGCCUCUGAAAUGGAGGAGCCUGGGCAAAGAGGGGUCCCCUCAUGGGACAACCACAAUCCUCCAGGCUGUCCUGCUGCUGCUGGGUAUCCCGGGCCAGGGCAGCAUUCCUGGCCCCAGGUGUGACUGCACUAGUGACUUCCAGAGGAGGAAUGGUCCCUCUUGUUGCAGGGGCUGUCCUGUGGGGCACUACAUGAAGACCAGAUGCACAGAGCCCUGCGGGAACUCCACCUGCCUUCCCUGUCCCCAGGGCACCUUCUUGGCCAGGGAUAACCACUUUAAGGAUCAGUGCACCCGUUGCCAGGCCUGUGAUGAGGAGGCCUUCCAAGUGGCCUUGGAGAACUGCUCGGCAGUGGCAGACACCCGCUGUGGCUGCAAGCCCGGCUGGCUGAUUGACUGCUCCGUCAAGCCUUGUAGGGAAAGUUCACCCUUCCGCUGCCGCCCCUGCUCGGGCUGCGAGGCCAUGUACACAGAGCUGCCCUGUUCCAGCAGAGACACUGAUUGUGGGCCCUGCCUGCCUGGCUUCUAUGAAUAUGGCAAUGGCUGCAUAUCCUGCCCCACGAACAUCCUGGGGAGCUGUCCUGAGCCCUGUGCUGCUGUUUGUGGCUGGAGGCAGAUGUUCUGGGCGCAGGUGCUGAUGGCUAGCCUGGUGGUCCUGUUCCUACUUGGGGCCACCCUGAUCUACACAUAUCGCCGCUGCCAGACUCGCACACCAGUGGUUCCUGCAGAAAAAGCUGGGACUGAGGCCCUGACCCCACCGCAGGCCACCCACCUCUCCUCCUGUGAAAGCGCCCACACACUUCUGGUGCCCCCUGGCAGCAGUGGGAAGGUCUGCACCGUCCAGUUGGUAGGCAACAGCUGGACCCCUGAUGCCCCUCAGGCCCAGGAGGUACCCUCCGAGCAGAUGCCACAGUCCUGGGCCCAGCAGCCCGGCAGAGAGCUUGGCCCUCCUCUGGCGCUCCCGCUUUCGCCAGUGCCCAAUGCAGGUUCGCCUGCUGCAGUGCUCCAGCCUGGCCCACAACUAUACGACGUGAUGGACGCUGUCCCGGCACGGCGCUGGAAGGAGUUCGUGCGUACUUUGGGGCUGCGCGAGGCAGAGAUUGAGGCUGUGGAGGUGGAGAUUGGACGCUUCCGGGACCAGCAGUAUGAGAUGCUCAAGCGCUGGCGCCAGCAGCAGCCUGCGGGUCUGGGCGCAGUCUACGCGGCCCUAGAGCGCAUGGGGCUGGACGGCUGCGCCGAGGACCUACGCAGCCGCCUGCAGCAGCGAGGCUCAUGACACAGGGCCCACCGGCCACUUUGACAUUCUGGUGACCCUUGCAGAAGCCUUAAGUACGGUUACUUAUGCGUGUAGACAUUUUAUGUCACUUACUAAGCCCUUGGCAUGGCCCUGUAUAGCAGCACCAGCCGGCCUCCCCCCUGUUCACCGGCAGAGCUUGGGUUAAGGUGAAGAAGGGUGAACGACGGUCAGGAGGGGGAAGCGUUUCUUGGUCUGAGUUUGGCUGGGGCCUUCGUAUUAAAUCCCUAAGAAAAGCAGCUUCUGGAUAAUUCCGUGGGGCUGGGGAUGUUAAAUGGCUUGGGCUUCGUUUCCCGGGGGUGUCAAAGGCUCUAGGAGUCUCUCGCCACUCGGCAGUGCAGGCACCUAUGGUGGAGACCAGUGCAGCUCUGCGCUCCCAAGCCUGCCCCUCCCAUGUCCGCUCUGGCCCAGUGACUCGCAGAAAGAGAGAAAGUCGCGGCGUCGGCGGCGAGUGAGAGUAAACGGGAGCCCCAGGCGGCGGAGAGAGCUUUAAUGGGCGAGCGAGCGGCGGGACGGGUCGGGAGCAGUUGGAACCAGAAGUACAGGGCUCCUCGCCCUCCACUCACUCCACCAGGGCGGUGAAAGGGUCUGGGGGGCGAGGGGCCUGGCUGGGACCGGGCGCAGACUUAACUGGAGGGAGGUGGGGCCCGGGGAAGCGGCAACUCCGCCCCCAGCUCUGCCCCGACGGGCAGUUUUCACCGGAUUCUGGUAAACACAUGACUGUGAGGAAACCCUGGGGAGGGGGGUGAUGAGAAAUGCGGCCUGGGCCGCGCCGAUCUGGGUCGAGGAGGGAGGAAAACCCCUUCCCCGAGCUCGGGGCCUGCCUCCGCCCAGGAUGCGCCAGCGGCCCAGGUUCCGGGGUGCGGGGGAGGGGGCUGCAUCUGAGCGCGCGCCCCGCAGGAAAGCAGGAGCCACCCACGGGGCUGGGGAGAGCUCUGCACACGUUGACGUUCAACGAACAUGCAAAUAUAUGUAAGUCGGCAUGCAAAUAAGCAGCAUCUUUUUGCGUCAGCAGCUUGGGCACUUUUUCCCGGCGACUGUGGCGGCGCGCGCGCUCCAG